CAGCACGGCGGGAGAGGUUGCUGCCGCAGUCUGGGGGGUUUGUGGGGUUUUGGUGAGGAUUUUUUUUCCCUCCCGCUCUCUGACCGUGGGAGUUGGAAAGCAUGGCGGUGGCGGAAUGAGUGUGCGUGGGUGUGUGGCGGAGGUCCACGUGUGGUUCUCCCGGGGCUCAGCGCGGUGAGGCUGCGGGCUGCUGGCGGGCUGCUCCGGGAAUCGCGCGGAGGGCCCGGGGGCCGCGGCGGGUUUGCUUGAUCCUGCCCCCGAGGGGCAGACCUGCGAGCAGCACUUCCAGCACUCAUGGCAAAGCCAUUAGUUCAGCCUCACUACGGAGGGGCCUCGAGGAGGACAAACGCAUCGGACUCCGCGGCGGCUGAGAGCGGGGCGGGUACGGCAAGCAGAUAAGCAAUGUGUACUGCCCUGAGCCCGAAGGCACGUGGGCCCGGCCUCUCCGACAUGCAUCAGUACAGUCAGUGGCUUGCAAGUAGACAUGAGGCCAACUUGCUGCCCAUGAAGGAGGAUUUGGCCCUGUGGCUCACAAACCUACUGGGUAGAGAAAUAACAGCAGAAACCUUUAUGGAGAAAUUGGAUAAUGGCGCCUUGCUUUGCCGGUUAGCUGAGACCCUGCAGGAGAAAUUUAAGGAAAACAGCUUUGAUGCAAACAAGCCUGGCAAAACCUUACCAGUUCGGAAAAUUCCAUGCAAAGCCAAUGCUCCUUCUGGGUCUUUUUUUGCACGGGACAACACAGCAAAUUUCUUAUCCUGGUGCAGAGAUGUAGGUGUGGAUGAUACCUGCCUGUUUGAAUCAGAAGGUUUGGGAAGCAAAAAUUCAACAAAGGAUUUGGAACCAAUGAAUAUUCUGCACCUCUUCCAUGAUAAAAUCUACCCAGCAAGAAAAUGGUUUGCCACUGAGUGUGCCAGCAUGCUGAUAUGUCUACUUCAUAAGCAGCCAAGAGAAGUGUGUCUUUGUUUGCUGGAACUUGGAAGAAUUGCAGCAAGGUUUGGUGUGGAACCUCCUGGAUUAAUAAAAUUGGAAAAAGAGAUUGAACAAGAGGAAACACUUUCAGCUCCCCUUCCAUCUCCUUCACCAUCACCCACAAAGUCUCCUGCGAAAAAGAGCACAGGGAAACUGUUGGAUGAUGCUGUUAAACACAUUUCUGAAGAUCCACCUUGUAAAUGCCCUAAUAAGUUCUGUGUGGAGCGUCUUUCACAGGGAAGAUACAGAGUUGGAGAGAAGAUCCUUUUUAUAAGGAUGCUGCACAACAAACAUGUGAUGGUUCGUGUUGGAGGAGGUUGGGAGACUUUUGCAGGUUACUUACUGAAGCAUGAUCCGUGCCGAAUGCUUCAGAUCUCCCGAGUAGAUGGGAAAACUUCUCCAAUCCAGAGCAAGUCUCCAAACCUCAGGGACAUGAAUCCAGACAAUUAUCUGGUUGUUUCUGCCCAUUACAAAACCAAGAAAGAGAUUAAGUGAAAUAAGCAUCUCAUAUAACUGGGACUUCAUGUAUGUAGGUCCAAAUUAUUCUCCCAAGUGUAGUGAAUUUAGUUAAUGCUUUAAAAGGACUUUGGAAAGCUUAACACCGAAUGGAAAUGACACCCCAUUUUGAAGAUCAUUGAAUUUAGAACUAUUUAUUUCUAGUACUGUAUCUUUUAUAGCAAAUUACCCUUGAUAGGCUAAUUACUACAAUCGGAUAAUAAAUAGACAUAUAUUUUUAGCCAAAUUAUUACUCUUUAAUAUGUGAAUGUAUACUUAGAGCUACAUAAAGGAGUGCAUCCUGUUAAUGGAAGAAAAUAAACAGUGAAAUAUAUUUGUACGAAAAUCUUAUUACUUUGAAUCCCUGACUGUUAGGUUAGUUGAAAUAUAUAUAUAUAUAUAUGCAGGUGGAAAAUGGGUAUUUAGGGAAAUUAUUUGGAAAUGUCUCUUGAAAUGAAAUAAAAAUUGACUGUUUGUAUGUUUUGCAAUCUUUUCUUAAUUAGUAGAAUAUAAUGGCUUAUUGCAUGCCAAACAACUUUUCAAAGCCAUUUCUUAAAGGAAAAAAAGCCCAAGAAACUCCUUCACACCGUUUUACUAUUUAAAGCUGAACACAGUGCUGAGUGUUCGAUGUAUGUGUAGAUCCUUUCUGUUUUUAACAAAGUUGCCCAAUAUAGAAGCAUGGGGAAGGGGAAAGAUUGCCCCUUCCUCUGUCAGACAGUGGAGCUGCUCGGUGAUACCAGUGAGGUAAUGUUCUGCACCCCGUAAGGGAAGCAGUAAGGUGCACAGCCCUCAGGCCCAAGGAGCUUCAGAAGAUGCAAGUCCCUCUGGAGUCACAAAACAUGGCACUGUUCUUGGAUAUGAGCUUUUCCUUCCCCUGGUUUUAAUGUUGUUGGUCAUGUUAAAUGUGAAAUAUUCAUUACCCUGUAAACAGAGUGAUUCACAUUCUCAUAAAUCAUUCACACAUCUCUAGUAUAACUAAAGGUGUAUGUGGGCUUAGUUCAUUAUUUUGGCUAAUUUUCUGUUUAUAUUUGGUAAUUUAUGUGCCUUGUAACAUCCUAGAAAAAUCUUUUUAUAGGAUUGUUUCACUUAUUGUAUAAAUUUAAAACUGAAAUAAAUUUUUUUAGAUACUCA